AUGACCGUCGCCAAAAAGAGCAGCAGCUCGGUUGCUGAGCAAAACCACCUUCUCUCUCAGCUUCUUUCUCUCUUUCCUCUCACAUCAAGCUCAGCCAAGAAGCAUCCCAGCGCAACGCCUGAAGAUGAUGGUGGGAGCAACAAGGUUCUCGUCCAGGUAUCAGACCAAGUCCCCGUAGGUCGAGGCUUGGUCUUCACCCAACCUGUCGAGCCAGAACAAGUUCUGAUGAGAUUGCCACCAGAGGCUCUGAUCAACGUCAAGAGUUUCAGGACCUUUUUUCACCCUGAUACGCCUCCUAACAUCGCAAGUAUUGCGGCGAGUGUUAAGAAGAGCGACCAUAGGUUGUCUUCUGCUCAGCUGCUGUCGCUUCUGCUGGCACGGACCAAGGUCGAGGAAGCACUCAAUGUCAAGCGCGGAUCUAACGCUACGACGACAAGACAUGAGGCGCUGAAGCUCUUCGUAAAGACGCUACCAACUAGCUUUGACACCGUUCCUUUGACCUGGUCUCUUCACGCCCGCGCUCUCGGGAAGAAUGGAGAGUCAACCAAGUUGGGCACCUGGAAACAACGCAUCCACCAAAUCCUGCUACAAGCGCUUCCACAGCACAGCCAUGAGCUCCAACUCAAGGUUCGACAACGAUUCGACAAGGACUGGGCUGCCAUCUGCUCCAUGCGUUCAUCUAAACCCGACAUGCUCGCUGAACCUCCACUCCUCACCUCGAACCCGGACUUGGCUCGCGACAUUGUUCAUUCGAUCGACCAAGAACUCUUUCUCUGGUCAUGGCUAUGCGUCAACUCCCGCUGUGUCUUUCUACCUCUCAGCCUGGCAGAACACGCAGACAACUUCACUCUCGCACCGAUGCUCGAUAUGGCCAACCACACUCCCGAUCCCGCACUCGAGUGUAAAGUCAACUACACCAAAGAUGGCGGGCUGGAACUCAGCGCUCCCUGUGCAGACCAGCAGACGCUAGCGGAAAGGAAAUCAUGCAUGGGUAAUGCCGGGGACGAAUGCUUCAUUACCUAUGGACCGCAUUCCAACGAGUGUCUGCUUUCGGAGUAUGGGUUCCUGCUGCCAAGUAAGCUUCAGUUCACGGGUGAGACUUUGAGUGCAAAGUGGAAGGGUAGCAGAUACGUAGAUAUUCAAUUCGACAAAGAAGUAGAAGCGCUACUAACAGCACAGGGUAAGGAAGGGGAAGCAAAGAUCGAAUUGCUUCAAAAUAGAGGCUAUUGGGGAGAGUUUACUAUCCAUCCUUAUCCUGAGCCUGCACAUCCUUCGCAUCGGCUCAUUCCAGCACUCAGGCUGGCAGCGCUGGGUAUGAAUGCAGCAGCAAAGGAGGGUGGUGGUAGUGCGCCAAAAGUGACCAAGACAAAGGCCCAACCAGGAGUUAAGUCGGGCAAAAAGCUGCCAUACAACGCAAAUGUCGAAACUUCCGACCUUGCCAAAUGGGAGGAGACUCUUACUGGGUACCGAGAGAAGGUGUCGGAUGAGAACGAGGAGCGAGCGCAUGCGAUUCUAGUGGAUCUCUGCAACAAACGAAGGAGGAAUUCGGAGCAAGCUCGGCAAAGUCUCGCUGAAGCAGAGGCUCUUCUCUUUUCGAGUGUGAACCACCUUGGUAUCGAGCAAGAUCAGGAGGGAUGGGCGAGGAGCUUGGCUCUCGUCAAGCAGCUGCACAAUGAAGAGGAAGUAGUGCUGUGGCUGGUUGGUCAGGCCGCAAAAGAUCAAGUAGAAUGGUAA